AUGGCUUUCCCAAAGCACUACGAGUUCGACAAUCAGUCCUCCGUCCCAGCGCCGUUCAACGAGACCAUUCCGGCCUUCUUUCGCGAAUGGGACAAUCCCACAGCAAGCAGUGAGGAAGUGCUCGACUUCUUUGCCCUCGACGCGAAAUUCACCUUUUCCCACAUCACGACAAACUCUCGCGAAGCUCUCGGCGAUCUGAGGAGAGGCUUGAUCGAUCCAGAAAAUGGGCCGGUCAUUGACUGUGGCCACAUGCUGCGACAGUUCUACGCUCUGACCGGACAGGCCGAUUCGAAAUCAAAGCAAUUCCUCGUCAAAGGACUCAUCUGGUACAAACUGAGAAAUGGACGGAGGGUUGACGCAGGAUUUGUAACGUAUAUGAGCCUGGUUCAGUCGGCUGGCGGGAAGUGGCAAUCCGAUCUUUACGAGAUCUUCCUCGACUCUCAUGAAAUAUUCGAUGCCAUCAAGGAGCUGCAAGUCCCAGCAUGA